AUGGGGUCAAAGUUUCAUGCCUUUAUGUAUCCAUGGUUUGGUUUUGGGCAUAUGAUUCCAUAUCUUCAUCUAGCCAACAAACUAGCUGAGAAAGGUCAUACGGUCACUUUCUUGCUUCCCAAGAAAGCUCAGAAACAACUUGAACCUCUCAAUUUGUUCCCCGACAGCAUUCUUUUCGAGCCUCUUACUCUUCCUUAUGUCGAUGGUCUCCCUGUUGGCGCAGAGACAACCUCGGAUCUGCAAAGCGAGUCUAAGUUAAUCUUAUACGAUGCCAUGGAUCUUCUACGCGAUCAGAUCGAAGCAAAGGUUCGUGCUUCGAAACCAGACCUUAUCUUCUUCGAUCUUGUUGAUUGGAUUCCAGAAAUGGCAAAAAAGUUUGGAGUCAAGAGUGUUUGUUACCAGAUCGUGUCUGCAGCUUUUGUAGCUAUGUUUCUUGCACCUGGCGCUGAGUUAGGGUUUCCUCCACCGGGUUAUCCAUCUUCGAAAGUUGCAUUACGUGGACAUGACGCUAACCUCUAUUCUUUCUUCGCGAGAACCCGGCAAAGUUUCUUUGAUCGGGUCACGACAGGCCUUAAGAGCUGUGACAUCAUCUCCAUCCGAACAUGCGCAGAAAUUGAAGGUAAGUUAUGCGGUUUCAUCGAAAGACAAUGCCAGAAAAAAGUUCUCUUAACCGGUCCAAUGUUCCCUGCGCCGCAAGAAAAGAGAGUCAAACCACUAGAAGAUCGAUGGAAUCACUGGUUGAACGGAUUCGAACCAGGCUCGGUCGUGUUUUGUGCGUUGGGAACUCAUUGCUUUCUCGAGAAAGAUCAGUUUCAAGAACUCUGUUUAGGAAUGGAGCUGACGGGUUUGCCCUUUUUAGUUAGGGCUAUGCCGCCGAGAGGCUCAUCAACGACUCAAGAAGCAUUACCAGAAGGGUUCGAAGAGCGGGUCAAAGGGCGUGGGAUCGUUUGGGGAGGAUGGGUGGAACAACCUUUGAUCUUGUCCCAUCAAUCAGUAGGUUGCUUUGUGAACCAAUGUGGGUUUGGUUCGAUGUGGGAGUCUUUGGUUAGUGAUUGUCAGAUUGUGUUUAUUCCACUGUUGGCUGAUCAAGCUCUCACCACGAGACUGAUGACUGAAGAAUUCCAAGUCUCCGUGAAAGUGCAAAGGGAAGACUCUGGAUGGUUCUCAAAGGAGAGCUUGAGAGAUGCGGUUAACUCGGUGAUGGAUAAAGAUAGUGAGAUUGGGAAUUUAGUGAAGAGGAAUCAUAAGAAGUUGAAAGAAACUUUGGUUAGUCCUGGAUUGUUGAGGGGUUAUGCUGAUAAGUUUGUAGAAGCAUUGGAGAAUGAAGUCAAGAACACAAAAACGUCUUGA